AAUGACAUGAAUUUCUAUAUAUAAGUAGUUAUUAUUAGGUAAUUACUGUGCUGAAAGUAUUAAAAUGCUAUACACGAUUUUUCCUAUAGUCUUCAUAAUUCCUGCGUUAGUAGCGGUGGAUUUAGUGGUUGAUAUUGACAAUGGUAAAAUUGAAGGUCACUUACGAAACAGCCCGAAUAAAGUAGCCUUUAGAGCGUUCCAAGGAAUCCCAUUUGCUAAACCACCAUUAGGUGAUUUAAGAUUUCAGGCUCCUGUUCCUGCAGAAAACUGGACUGGAAUUUUAGAAACAAAAAAAGAUGGCUAUCGAUGUUUUUCAGUUGCUAAAGAUACUGAUGAUGAAAAUGAAGACUGUCUUUAUAUCAAUGUAUAUACGCCAAUCUUAACUCAAGCCAACACUACCCUUCUUCCGGUAAUGGCAUAUAUAUACGGAGGUGGUUUUACAACCGGUGCUUCAAAUUACGACUUUUACGGUCCAGAUUAUUUGAUAGAACAAGAUGUUAUUGUAGUCACUUCAAAUUAUCGAGUAGGUCCUUUUGGCUUUCUUUCUACCGCAGAUGAAAUAAUUCCUGGAAACACUGGACUUAAAGAUCAGUUGCUGGCAUUAAAAUGGGUACAACGAAAUAUUCGUAUGUUUGGUGGAGAUCCUAAUAAAGUAAUUAUUUUUGGACAAAGUGCUGGCGCAGCAUCAGUUGGACUCCAUAUUUUGAGUAAACAAUCAGCAGGUCUAUUUAGAGGAGGAAUUUCUGAAAGCGGUUCAGGUAUCAGUAAUUGGGCGUAUUUGCCAGAUCCAACACCAUACGGUUAUGAACUGGCUUCUCUCAUAGACAAAAAUAUUAACAUUACAACAAGUUCAGAACUUCUCAAAUAUCUGCAAAGUGUCCCUGCCAAAGCAAUAGAUAUUGCUUCGACAAAAACUACGAUAAUAACAAAACCACGUCCAGUCAUUGAAGUUGAACAUGAUGGUGCCUUUUUGACUAAAAACUUAUACGAAAGUCUAAAAAACGGAGAAAUCAAUAGGGUUCCUCUAUUAAUUGGUGCAAACUCAGAAGAGGAUAUUUCUCUUGCCUUAGAUAUGGAAUCAUUGAAAUCAAGGGCAGCUGCAUAUGACCAAAAUUUGAAAAAAUUGGUACUUCAAAAUAUGAAUAUAGUGAAUGAUUCAAAACUACAGGAGCUCGGACAAAUCAUCAAAGGAUUUUACCUCAAUUCUAAUGAAAGUUUUCAAGAUAAUUUGGGCCUGGCUGUAGCGUAUAAUUCUGAGACUCAAUUCUUCAAUCCUUGUGUCAGACAUGCAGAUUUACAAUCACAAUACACAGACGUUUAUCUUUAUAAAUUUUCUUAUGCGGGAGUAAUGGGAAAAAAUAAUAACAUAACUUUACCAGGUGCUGAAAAAGUCGCACAUGUAGAAGAAAUGAACUAUAUAUUCAAAAUAAAUGCAGAUGGUUACGAUAAUUCCGAUUUAACUCAAUUUCCUGAAAACGAUGUGACUACUCAUAACCGAAUGAUAAAACUUUGGACCAACUUCGCAAAAUAUUUAAAUCCAACACCUGAAGCGGAUAGUCUCUUAGAAAAUAUAGUUUGGCCUAAAGUAGAUCCGUCGAACAUACACUAUAUGAAUAUAGAUACUCACCUCACAGUUGAGAGCAAUAUAAAACACGGAAGAUAUAUAUUGUGGAGAGAUUUGUUCGAAAAAGAAGCCAUAUCGCCUGUGGUAUUCUAAAUAUGUUCCAAUUAUAUCUCAACAAAUUAUAAAUACCGGUAGUAAAUUUGAAAUCAAUAUAUAUUUUAAAAUA